GCCAAAAAUGUCGGCUCGGUCAUGUGAUCAGCUGUGUCCAAUCACAGUGCCACCUAUCAGUGCCCAUCAAUGCCACCUGCCAGUGCCCAUCAGUGCCACAUCAAUGCCACAUAUCAGUGCCUAUGAGUGCACAUCAAUGCCGCAUAUCAGUGCCCAUCUGAGCUGCCGGUCAGUGCCACCUAUCAGUGCUGCCAAUCAGUGCCACCGGCCGGUGCCUCAUCAGUGCCACCUAUCAGUGUCCAUCAGUGCAGCCUAUCAGUGCCCAUCACUACAGCCUCAUUAGCGCACAUCAGAAGGAGAAAAAUCACUUAUUUACAAAAUUUUAUAA